UGUUGCUACCGAUACUACUGCUUCUGCUUCUUCUGCUGCAGUUGCUGCGGGCCGAAAUGUCCGUGAUUGAAGACAUGGAGAGUUGACACGGUCGGAUGAGAAGUUCUCGUAUCGCUGUCGCCUAUGCAGUCGCGGUCGCGGUCGCACUUGCACUUGCACUUGAUUCGGACGAGAGAAGGAGCAUGGUAGAGAUUCGCGCCAGAGGCAGAGGCAGGGAAGGCAGCAUGCCGAGUCCAGUACUGUCGGGUAGUGAGUGGAAGGUGAAGUUGGGGUGGGUGGGUGUGCCAGUGCCAGUGCCAGCAGGUGUUUACCACCCAAGGAAGCCCUGCGCGGGAAGGAGGGAUGGGCGGGUGGGCGUGCUGUACAUGCGGGCGGGCUCCCAGGAAGAACCAGACGGGCAGGGCUGUUCAGAGGGGAACGGCAGGGCUGCAAACAACGACUGGUGCGAGUUCAGGAGGUUUAGCGCGCCGAGGUAAAGUCACCUCUCACUACCUAAGGUACGGAGUACGGCAUUCGCACCGCGCCAGGCAAGAUCGGACGGGACACAAACACGCUAUGAUCGCCAAAAAUGGCAGCA